AAAUUUUUAGUUGAUAUUUACGAGACUUAUUUGAUUACUGUCACCUCCUACACCCAUAAGUGCGGUGUGUAGUUGGGGAUUAUGUGCUCACGUGUGUGUAAACAUUGUCACCCACAGGAAGUGAGGGUCGGCAUGGGUGUCAAGACAGGUGGUUCGGUAUAUGGUGAUAGUGAGAGCAAAAAGUUUGAGAUGUGGUUUAAACUAGAUCACAUGAAUUUGAUUAUGGUCAGAACAGGAGGAAGUUUGUGAUAUUCAUAAAUGAUCAUUAAAAUUUGCAUAUGUGGCAGUGGUGGUUGUUGUUUAGGUUUGAAACGACAGCAGUUUAAAUGUUGUUCAUGGAAGCUUUGACAUGACUCACUAAAAGAUGAUUAUAUCUGAAAGGUUCAGCUGAAAGGGCAGGAAAGUCCAGUAAUAACACUGAAUUCCCUCACAUCUGAAUGUGUUUCAGAUUGUUUUGUCUUUUCUGAAGAUUACAUCUUUGCAAAACGUACAGUGUAGAACACAGAGAUUUCAGUCGUGUGAAACACCAAGUCGAUCAUGAUAAGGAGGAAAACGUAUCAUCUCCAUUUUUGUUUUUUACCAAUAUAUGAGCAGAGGCAACAUUUUACAAACUUAGAGCAAAUGAAGGGAGGAUUUUUGUCAAGAUCACAAGAAAAUUGAAUCAGGAGUCAAAAGUUCUCAUUGUGGAACAGUAUGAACGCAUCAUACCUGGAAGAGAUUGACUAUGACUAUUACACCUGUGAUCAGAAUACCAGUUCAGAAUUCCCCGAUGGAUCCACCAUCUUGCCAGUUUUGUACUAUGCACUGUCUUGUCUAGGUCUGCUAGGCAACUGCACAGUUCUCUGGGUUCUCCUCUGGCACAUAAAGCUGAGAAAUAUGACGGAUGUAUGCCUCCUCAACCUGGCCCUGUCUGACCUCAUACUGGCUGUAUCCCUGCCUCUCUUGGUCCACAAUUCCCAGAACCUUACAUCGUGCAAACUGAUGACAGGAGUCUAUCAGCUGGGUUUCUACAGUGGGACUUUCUUUGUGACUUCAAUGAGUGUGGACCGCUACCUGGCUAUCGUCCAUGCUGUGGCAGCCAUGCGCGCCAGGACGCUUCGCUAUGGGAUCAUUGCUAGCAUCGUUAUCUGGGUUGUAGCUGUCACCAUGGCAGUCCCUCAGGUGAUAUUUGCCUCCUUGGAGAAAGAUGACAAUAACAGCGUCAGCUGCCAACCGCUGUACCCAUUUGAAAGCCAGCAGUUUUGGAAGAUGCUGCGAAACUUCAGUGAGAACACAGUGGGACUUUUCCUGUGCCUACCCAUUAUGAUUUUCUGCUACGUGAAAAUCCUCAUUGUUCUGUCCAAGUCCAGGAAUUCCAAAAAGGACAAAGCUGUAAAGCUGAUAUUUACCAUAGUGUGUGUGUUUGUGGUGUGCUGGGUCCCCUACAAUGUCACAGUUUUCCUUCAGACACUGCAGCUGUUUGAAAUCCUUAACAACUGUGUGGCCACAGCAACCAUCAACUCUGCCAUGACCUUUGCUGAGAUUAUUGCACUGUCUCACUGCUGUGUAAAUCCAGUCAUCUAUGCAUUUGUAGGGGAGAAGUUUAGGAAGUCUCUGGGCAAAGUACUGACUAGAUACUUCUGCUGGAGCAACCAGAGGAGAAUGGCUUUCAGUCAGAGAGACACCACAGAGAAAGAAACUUCCAACACACCUGUAAGAUCAGAGUACUAAAAAUGAU